AUGCCGUGGAGGAUUUAUCGCGAUGAUUUCAGAGUGAUUAACGAGGACGAAGCUCGUUCCAUGUUAUCGCUUGGGUCGACGACGACAAAACUGUCGAAUCAAACCUCGUUUGCGAAACAUCACGCUAUAGUCGGCACAAACACUCAUGCCUCAUUUCACGUCUAUCCACAACGACGUCCAAUCACUUUCAGUCGGGUCGACAUGCAGUUGUUGACAUUGAUGAAACAAUCGAUCCACGACAAUCUAAAUCCUUUCCUUGGCAUGUCUUUCAAUGAAAAAGAUGAAAUGGUAUUACUCUGGAAAUACUGUACUCGUGGUACUGUACAGGACAUCAUCUACAACAAGGAUGUGGUGCUGGACGCGAAGUUCCAUGGCGCCUUCAUCAGAGACAUCACACUGGGUUUGGAAUAUCUACACUCAUCUACAAUCGGCUUCCAUGGGUCACUUACUCCUUGGGCCUGUCUCAUUGAUCGAAAUUGGAUGGUUAAACUGACAGAUUUUGGAAUCGCAGACUCAUUGGAACGAUGGGAGAAACAAGGUCUCAUUGCCACAGAAACUUUGAAGGAAGGUGAAGAUGAAUGGAAAAGCGGCUCAGCACAGAAAACAAGUAUGUCC